UCUUCCCUGCUCUAUUUACCUGUCAAUUAAUUCACAAACACAAACCAAAGGAAUUGACCAACGUCUCAUUCGGAACCAAAAAAUCUGCAUUUACUCUGCCCAUUUUCCUGUACGUAUAUCCUUCUGUGUACGUAUAGGUAUUGGGAUGAUGGAACAGAACCACGUAUUGUUGUCGGCAUUGAGCGUCGGCUUAGGAGUCGGCCUCGGUCUGGCCUCCGGCUCCACGUUCGGCCGAUGGACCUCUGCCUCUGCCGCCGCCGCCGAAGGCGUCACCCCCGAGGGAAUACACCUCGAACUUCUCCGAUUGGUUGUUGAUGGAAAGAGCUGUGGAGUUUCCUUUGAGGACUUCCCAUAUUAUCUCAGUGAGCGAACGCGUCUCUUGCUAACAAAUGCGGCUUAUUUUCAUCUUAAACACUUGGAUGUCUCUAAGCACACUCGAAAUCUGUCCCCUGCAAGUCGGGCUAUAUUGCUCUCUGGACCUGCAGAACCAUACCAGCAAACGCUUGCUAAGGCGCUAGCUCAUCAGUUCGAUGCCAAGUUGCUGCUCCUCGAUAUGGCCAACUUUUCGCUUAAGAUCCAAAGCAAGUUCGGUAGCAUCAAUAAAGAGACUUCUCUGCAGAGGUCCAUCUCUGAAGUAACAUUUGAACGAGUGACCAGUUUUCUUGGUUCGUUCUCUGCACUUCCUGCAAGAGAGGACGACAGAGCAAUCAAAAAACCUCCACAGCAUCGGAGAGCUUCCUCUGUCUCUUCAGAUAUGAGCAGCAUCAGUUUACAGUCAUACUCUUCAAGUGCAGCUCCUUCUAAACGCUUGAACAGCUGGAGUUUCGAUGAGAAGGUUUUUGUGCAGUCACUUUAUAAGGUGUUGGUUUCACUUUCUGAAACCGGUUCUAUAGUUCUGUAUAUCCGGGAUGUUGACAGGCUAUUUCUCCAAUCUUCUAGACUAUAUAAGAUGUUCAGUAGAAUGUUGAAGAAAUUAUCAGGAUCAAUCUUGGUCCUUGGUUCCCAAAUGUUGGGCCUUACCGAGGAAUCAAGGAUAGUUGAUGAUCGGAUUAGUCUGUUAUUCCCUUACAAUAUCGAGAUCAGACCCCCGGAAGAUGAAACUAAUCUUCCAAGCUGGAAAGCUCAGCUCGAAGAGGAUAUAAAGAAGAUCCAGUUUCAGGAUAACAGGAAUCACAUUUCUGAGGUACUUGCUGCAAAUGAUCUAGAGUGUGAUGAUUUAGGAUCCAUCUGUCAUGCCGACACCAUGCUUCUAAGUAACUACAUCGAGGAAAUCGUAGUUUCUGCCCUGUCAUACCAUUUGAUGUCUAGCAAGGAUCCCGAGUAUCGUAAUGGGAAGCUUCUCAUAUCAUCAGUCAGUCUGGCACAUGGAUUAAGCCUUUUCCAAGAGAGGAGGAAGUUUGGCAUAGAUACCCUUAAAUUGGAGAAUGCUGCUGGAUUAAAGCUGGGGAGCAAGAGUGCACCGGAGAAAUCAGCCGGUUCAACAAAGACUGAUGCUGAGAAUGCAUCAGCCAUUAAGGUCCCGGAAGUACCUCCAGAUAAUGAAUUCGAGAAGCGGAUUAGGCCAGAAGUCAUCCCUGCAAAUGAGAUCGGAGUGACAUUUGCCGAUAUUGGAGCUCUGAAUGACAUCAAGGAAUCACUUCAGGAGCUGGUGAUGCUUCCUCUUCGAAGGCCAGACCUAUUCACCGGUGGGCUUCUCAAGCCUUGCAGAGGCAUACUGCUCUUUGGCCCUCCCGGGACAGGAAAAACAAUGCUGGCAAAAGCCAUUGCCAAUGAAGCUGGGGCUAGCUUCAUAAAUGUCUCAAUGUCAACAAUCACUUCAAAAUGGUUUGGGGAAGAUGAAAAGAACGUCCGAGCUCUCUUCACUCUUGCAGCCAAGGUUUCCCCUACCAUUAUCUUUGUCGAUGAGGUAGACAGUAUGCUCGGGCAGAGAACAAGAGUAGGAGAGCAUGAGGCGAUGCGGAAAAUCAAGAACGAGUUCAUGUCACAUUGGGAUGGGCUAAUGACAAAAGCUGGGGAGCGGAUACUUGUUCUUGCAGCAACUAAUAGACCAUUUGAUCUCGAUGAAGCCAUUAUUAGGCGGUUCGAGCGCAGAAUUAUGGUCAGCCUACCUUCAGUAGAGAACCGAGAAAUGAUAUUGAGAACACUGUUAUCCAAGGAAAAAGUGGAAGUCCUAGACUUCAAAGAGCUUGCAGUCAUGACAGAAGGCUACAGUGGAAGUGAUCUAAAGAAUUUGUGUGUAACAGCAGCUUAUAGACCAGUCAGAGAACUCAUAAAGCAGGAGAGAGAGAAGAAGGAUAAGGUACUUCAAUUUCUUACAAAAGGAUCAACUUUUAACUCUCAAUACAUCAGUUUUCCACUAACAGCUUUGCUUACUCAGGAAAAGAAGCAGAUAGAUGAUGCGGAGAGCUCUGAGUAUGAUUCUGCUUCCAAAGAAGAAACUAAAGAGGAAAAAACAAUAUCAUUGAGGCCCUUAAACAUGGAAGACUUUAAGCAGGCCAGGAAUCAGGUUGCUGCUAGUUUUGCUUCCGGGGGCUCCAUAAUGGCUGAGCUUAAGCAAUGGAAUGAUCUCUACGGAGAGGGGGGUUCGAGGAAGACAGAGCAGCUAUCUUACUUCCUCUAGAACAUCGCAAGUUUGCGUGUCAAAACAUUCAACGGUUUUUAGUUCUUGUCGAACGUUGGAAUUGCUUGAGAUAACCACGGGAUUUGGUCUGCAUCAGCCUCAGGGGAUUUUUAAUGUUUUGAUUCGUGUUGGAUUUUGCAGUUUUUACAUGCUUAUUUGUGAAAAAUGUAGGCUUGGAUACAGUAGCUGUAAAUAAUGCCAUAUAUAGAACAUCCAUGCGGAUUUAGCCAUUUGUUAUUCAUUUGUGUGAAUUUGAAUUAAUAGUAGUAUGAAAUAUCAGAUUUAUCAAAA